CGUAGUGCUUGAGUCGCUCAGGCUGUGGACGCAAUUAGACGGCUUGAGGCUGCUGUGCCGUGAGGAGGGAGGCAGGGAAAAGGUUACUGCUCGGCAGCCUCGGAGUUAUCAGCGCAUCGUGCUUACACACAGUGGGAGCGGCCAGUAUCAUAUACCAGAGAAGACAGGGUUAAAUGGACCUUCAGUGCCCGGAACUGGGCAGUGUGACACCUUACAGCUGCUGCAGCACCCAUUGGCAUCAGAUCGGAGCAUGGGGAACACGGCGCACAAAACCUUGCCAGACACCAGCCAUCAUAGCCGUGCGGGGGCCAAUAGACCUAGCUACACAUUUCUUCACUGUGGCCAGGAGAGAAAACUUGUCCUCUCCCGAACAGAAUCUCCGCGUUUCCACUGCCAAGCCAAGGGCAAAAAUAUUCGCCUGGACACUUAUGGAAGGAAAGCCAUCCGGCGCAACAGCUUUUGCAAUGGAAUAACUUUCACUAGUCGGCCUAUCCACCUGUAUGAAAAGGUCCGCCUAAAGCUGGUAUCUGUGCACCAUGGAUGGAGCGGGGCACUACGUUUUGGGUUUACUAUACACGACCCAGCACAAAUGAAGUUAGAAGACAUACCUAAAUAUGCUUGUCCUGAUUUAGUCACCCGACCUGGGUACUGGGCCAAAGCUUUGCCAGAAAGAUUCGCUCAGCGGGACAAUAUCCUGGCAUUUUGGGUUGAUCGACAUGGAAGAGUCUUUUACAGUGUCAAUGAUGAGGAGCCCAUAUUAUUUCAUUGUGGGGUGAAAGUCUCCAGCCCUCUUUGGGCAUUGAUUGAUGUGUAUGGGAUCACUCAAGAAGUUCAGCUACUAGAUAGCAUGUUUGCAGAUACGAUGGCCCCUAGUCGCCUCACCAGUCCCCGACUUAGUACAUGCUUGCCUCAGACCAGUCAUGAUUCUGCUAACUUCAACAACAAUGAACUGGAGAACAACCAGGUGGUAGCCAAAAUUGCUAACCUGAACUUGGGUCGUUUACCAGCACCGACAGAUAAUCAUUCUAUACCCUGUUGCCCGAACAGAAGGCAACGACAGGGUAUUCCCACACUGUUGGACAUGGAACUUCAUUUUCAUCCUACUCGGGGUGCUGACAUUACCCUCUCUCCAGACAGAACAGUGGCAUUUACCAACUGGCAGGAGAGUAAUAGGACGAUAGUAUUUACAGAGCGACCAGUCCAUAUUGGCGAGACACUCUUCGCCGAGACCAGUCAACUGCCUCUGCCUUACUAUGGCUCCCUCUCUUUUGGUAUUACUUCAUGUGAUCCUAGCACAUUACGGACCUAUGAUCUCCCAGCCAACCCUGAUUAUCUUUUGGACAGAAAGGAGUACUGGGUAGUUCACCAAGGGCUGUACACACUGGGCAAUUGGGAUAUCCAUAGCUUUUCACUUUUACCCAGUGGUGAAGUUCACCAUGGCAUAAACGGAAACAAUCGUGGAAUGCUGAUGUGUGUAGACACCUCACAACCUCUAUGGAUGUUCUUCACUGUUCAAGGCAUUAUCAACCAGAUAAAGAUAAUGGGUACUGUGCAGGCAAGUGUUCUGUCUCCCUCUGGAUCACCAAGUGGUUCCCCUUAUGACAGUGAUUCAGAUAUGGCCUUCAGUGUGAACAGGUCCUCCUCUGCAUCUGAGUCUUCCUUAGUGACGGCUCCCAGUUCCCCAUUGAGUCCUCCUGUGUCACCAGUCUUUGUCCCUCCAGAACCACAAGGAAACAAAGAUGGAGAGUGUGCAGUCUGCUUUGACAAUGAGGUUGAAACUGUCAUCUAUACCUGUGGUCACAUGUGCCUCUGCAGUAGCUGCGGUUUGAAGCUCAAGAGGCAGGUUAAUGCCUGCUGCCCCAUUUGCCGAAGAGUUAUAAAAGACGUCAUCAAAACAUACCGUCCUUAAACAUUUACCCUUUCAACAGGGGCCUCAUGUGGACUUUUUAUGUGACUAUUCUAAAAAUAUAUGGUGUUAAAUCAGGGAUUGUCCCUUCAUGAAAACCAUACUGUUUAAUUUGGCUUUGGAAUUAAAUGUAAGGGUUUAAGUCUGCACUACCUACUGAAUUCUCCUCAUCUGCCUCCUAUUGGCUGUUCCAGCAAAUAUCCAAGUGUGAGCUCUUGGCCCAACUUGGUGCAAUUUCUCAGGGUUUCAAAAAGACCAAACUAUUAUUUUCCCCCAUAUGAGAAAAGCAAUAGAAUGAAAAAUAUUAUACUCAAAAGUGAGCAAAGUUGCUUGAGUCUGUUUUCCCAUCAGAGUUUUGCAUCCGGGGCCAUGGUCAUCUCCAAUACUCAACUUUUGUAUUGUAGGCAGCACCAACAGUAAAAUGUAAUUUGAGAGAUAGUAUUCUUUACAAUGAUAAAUGUAUAGAGAGCCAGGUCCAUUGCUGGGUGAAGGUUGUUGCCAUGAAUGACUUGGCACACAGAGCUUGUAUAGAAAGGUUGGCUGGUGUGCUGUACUAGCUUUUGCUGCAGUGGUGCUGUUGCUGGUGAGGUUAGUGAGGGGCUUAUGCUGCUCACAAUCAUAACCUUGAGCAGUUCCGUAAAAUGAGGAAAUGACACGUCAAUACCCUAAAAAAAUCUUCUCUUUGCAAGAAAAAUAUUGUAGCUCAUGAAAAAUACAAUAUACCCUGAAUAUUUAUAUAUAGUUAUUUCAUGUAAUGAUUAUGUUCAUUUGAAAUACAGGUUAAAAUAUAAACCCCUAUAUUACAUCUACAGCUUUCCAUAGUCCAGCAUCAAAGCCCUUUCUUUAUUGCUGUGAUGUCCCCUCAUUAAUGUCAUUUACUAAUUAGUAUCCCCAUCAUAAUUGUAUAGGCACAGUGUAAUCUUUAAUCAUAAUGAAUAUUAGAAAAGAACUGGUUGUUGGGACCUGUAGUUUUACAAUAGUUUUUCUGCCAGAGGAUACUUACUGCUAAUCAGCUUUUAAAAUACAUGCUACUUUGAGGCUGCCAUAAUUCCCAUCCUUCUUUACAAAUGAACUACAUACAACCUGUACAACAGUUGAUAUAAAGUGAUUUAUAGGCCAUUUCAUGCUGGUUUGGGUGUCCUGUUUUUAACUGGCCUUGGUUUGAGAAGAGGGGAAGGUUUCCCAGGCCAAUCUAAUAGGACAAAAAGAUUAAAAAGCUUACACUGCUGUGGGUGCUAUUAAGACUGACUGAUUAAACCAGGAGUCCAGGAAAGAGCUUCUUUCACAAAAUAAUAUUGUAAUUCCAGAGGGACAUUUAAAUAUAGAAUUGUGUGUCAUGGUGUAAAUGAGACUUCUUGUUGUAGCUGAGUCUCAGUAGGAACUUUGGUAGGUAGUUCUGUGUUCUUGUGUAGUCUUUAGUUGAUGUUUUAAUAGAAGCCCUGGUGAGUUUAGUUCUGUGGUGGCUUUUUCAGACAAGAAGAUCUGGAGAUGGUUGGUGCAGUAUGUGUAUGGGGACAAGAAAAGAUUUGGAAUUGAAGCAUGUGAAUUGAGGUUAGCAGAAUGAUGCUGAAGUUCAAGAUGGCAGCUAAUAAAGGAAGCCAUCUUAUUCCUACAGCUCCUCUCUGUUACUUUCUGCUAAUGGGAGUCCUCUCUGGAAAGCAAUUAGCAGUUUUCAAACCCAUUUGAAAAGAUGAUGACAAAAUGAAAAUGUUUUCUCAGAUGUGAUUCAUUGCAUCGAGAAAUAUUUUCAGUCUAUAUAAAUCAAUUUAAAAAAAAACAAAAAACCCAGUAGAGUAAGUCUGGCCCAUUAUGCAUUGCCUUAAGUAGAUGGAGCAACAACAUGUUGUUAACUCUGUACCGGCAUUUUAUCCAGUCGGAUAUGGAUAUUUUAAAUGCUCCAAUAAUUGAACAUUUAUAAAUGUUAACUUGAUUUGCUUUUAAAUAUGGGCUGUAGUGUGUCUGCUGAAUUUCACUUAGUGACUUAAUGUCAUCGCUUUACGAUAGCUGUGCAAUUUAUGGAAGUACCUAGGGCAUUGUUUUCUGUUGCUGCUUUACUUGGACUCUUCCAUUAUGGGUUAUUUCUGCUGGAAACCCCCCCACCCCCACCAAAGACAUUAGACCACACCGCCUAGACCACUAACUCAAAACUCUUGCGCGACUCUUUGAAAGGGAAUUUUAACACUACAAGACAGUUACAAAUGGAGGCCAGGCACUCAGAGAACAACGGAGUCUUAUCCAAGGCUGAAACAAAAAGGUUAGAGAAAACAAGGGAAACGUAUUAUAAAAUUCAUCUCUUAAUAUUCCCAAUAGACAAAUGUAAUAUAAAUAUAACAUUUAGAAUUAAACCACUUAGGGGUGCAUGUAUCAUAUUACAUUGUUUCUUUAAUUGCAUAUACUGCAGUUUUAGCCAUUUUAACUCUACAAAAUAGCAGAGCCAUAUUGUUAUACAUUAAGUUUGGACUGGCUGUAAAAACAGCUUUCCUAUUAAUUUUUACUUAUUGUUAAAAAAUCUGGCAAAUAUGAGGAACUCUAGGCAAAUAAUAGAUAUGUGGCAGCACAGGAGGUAACUUUUGGUUACCUAGCAAUGUAAAUGCAAUAUGGUGUUUAAUGUGGAUCUUAGUGAAGGAAAUAUACUUGUAAAAUAUAUUUAAAUUAUUUAUUGAUCUUCCUUGUUUCCCCAUUGCUCCCCAACAUUGUAUAAUCAUAGGUUUAUUAUGGAAUAAUAGAAGUUUUUGCUAAACAGUGCAUUGUAGGUAUCAUGUGUCCAGGUAACCUUUUAUUUCUGAAGCAGAACACAUUAUCACACAAUUUGUGGUAUCUUUAAUAACAUUGUACUGACUUUAAUGGAGGCACAGUAUGUGAAAAUCUGAAAGUCAGUUCUGUUCUAUUUUGUUGUUUUAGUAUUAUUGCUAUAUUAGAUCCUUUCAAAUACAUUUGUGAUCACUGUGCUGCUUUCAAAAGUGUUCUAUCCAGUGCAUUGUAUCCUGGAACACAUCGAAACUAAGGAACUGCGGUAAAAAUAUCAGGAACUCCAGCUCAUAAGGCUUUUUUGAAGAGACCUCAGGAUUUUUUUUUAAAAAAAAUAGGUUGGCACAACAACGGUGCCUUAUAGAGCUAUAUUCUGAAUAUAUAAUCGCCUCUUGUUAAUGGUUUCCACUCUUAAUGCUGGAGAUCUAAGCCAAUAUAUAAAGACGGAAUCAAGUCAUACAUCUCUGUGUUUCUGUAUGCCCACCUAUGUAGCUUAAGUUGAAAAUUGGUAGAUUUGGGAGGAGUGAAUACUGCAAGAAUGCAGCCCAAAAUGAUGGCAGCAUUUAAAAUGAAUAAAUAAAUAAUUUUCAGCUUUUUAUAAGGAUUAGGACUUUCCAAAGCCCCUAUCUUAGCAUACAUUUGCCAGCAUUUGUGCAUGACAGAACACCUAAAGAAUGUUGCAGCCGUUAAUAUUUUUAAUAUCAAGUGCAACAUCAGAUUCUAGUCUGUUUAAUGGUGGCCAUAUCCAGCCGAUCUGUACGAUAUCCAGCUGAACAGAUAGAUAUCAAACAAGGGGCCAUAUGCAGUAUGACUUUCUUUCAGUUGUUCCAUUUAUUCACACAGACAGUCUGGUGUAGCAGGAAGAGUUGCGGCUCCUCUUUGCUUACUAAUCUGUUAAUACAUCAUAUACAGGUGAUAAUUUUAAACGUACCCAAUCUAUGAACCAGUAUCCAUGGUACAUAAUUAUUGGUCUGGAUUGUCUGGCCGCUGUACACUAACUGAACUUUCUAUCUUACAAUUGUAUUAGUAUGAGUAUGGCCAGUUUAAGACUAGCGUUGUUCUGGCAUCCGAUCAGGUAUGCAUGGGCAUUACAUUAAUGGUGGCACCAUCUCUUUGGCUACUGGAUAUCCAGCAUCAAUCUCCUCCAUCUUCUAAAAUAUACAAGGAGUUCAUUCAGAUCUGAAAGCCUGCAGUUUGAAUAAUCCUUAUAUAUGGAAUGUGGUCAAUUUCAUUGCAUGAGGUUGGUUACAAACAGGUUCCAUGGUCUACUGUAUUUAAAAUACAGUAUUACAUAUAUUCCAUGUGGUUUGAUCCACAGAACACCACGAAACCUAUUGACAGCCAGUCGCUCUUGCAGAUUAACCUUUUUGAUAGGUUGUGCCUCCACUUUGCCAAGCCAAAUCUAAGCCGGUAUAACGUUUCCUGUGAGAGCGAACUUUGCUGUAUGAUGUACUUACUUCUUCUCCACUCUUUAGAAAGACAAUCGUUUGUACAAUGAAUGUCAUUAUUUGUAACUUAGAAGCCUAUAAUGGAAAGGUAAAUGAUUUGUAUAGCAGAUGUCUGUGCCUUAAUAAGGGUGUUUGUGCACUUUUUAUAUUCAAACAAAAAAAAAAAAGCUAAAAAAAAUAAAUAUGACACAUUACAUGUUAGUUUUAUAUAAUUACCACCGGUAACUGCUUUUUGAUAUUUGAGUGAAAAUUGUAUAUUUCACAGUUUAUUUUUUUCCCUCAAAAAAGAAAAAAAAAAAAAAAAAAACUUUUUGGAUUGAUCUUUGGAAAAAAAAAUCCUGGUUCAUGACUGUGAUUAACUGUGCUGCCUUGUAAGCUUAAAGGAGCCCCCAUAAACGGCUCUCGGUUUUCUUUUGCACUUUGUUCUUCAUGAGUUUGUUGUUGUGAUUGUGUUACUUUUGUCAUUGUAUAUUUCUCUCUGUUUUGCAUCAGUACCAUUACUUUAGUUCAAAUACAAAUAAAAAUUCAGCCUGUUUAACUCAA